AUGGUAACAAAGACCGCCUCGACUGUGGUUCUCCACGCCGGCGAGCACCUAUUCAAGGUCGUCAACCACUCCCUCGUCAAAGGCAGCAAUACCCGUCUCACGUCCGCGCCCUUCCGCGUCGGCGGCCAUGACUGGGCUAUCCGCUACUACCCAAACGGCAACUCUAGGACCGUCGACGAUCAGUUCUCUUCGAUUUUUCUCAACUUGAUAAACACCGCCGGUGAUUCUGAGGUCACUGCGUACUACUCCUUCUGCAUACAGGACCCGGCACCGUCGGCCACAGGAGAGAAGCACAAAUUCGGCUACACCACAAAGUUUGCGCUGGUGGACGGUGGCAAUUGGGGUACAAACAAAUUUAUGAGUAAAUCUGACUUGAUUGCGUCGGGGUAUCUCCAGGAUGACUGUCUACUGAUCAAGUGCACGAUCACUGUUAUUGCCUCCAAGCUCACUAAAGACAUUGAGGACAACGAAAAUAGCAUCAUCAUUCCGCCCUCGGUCCUCGGCAAGGAUCUUGGCAAUCUUCUGGAGAACGGCCUUGAGGCGGACUUGACGCACGGCAAAGACGUUAGGGCUUCGCUCCCGUCCCGACUUCCUGCAAAAGAGAACAUGUAA